CGGAGGUGUAGGGGACCCCCGAGGAAAAGAGGAAUCGGACGGUGGAAGGAGAGCCGAGUAUCCAGAGACUCGAUGGUGUUGCGGUCUGCGGAGGUUGUGGGUGAAGAUUUGGAGACUUUUAAACUAUAGCGGAGGCAGGAAUUCCCCUGGGGAAGGGUUGGAAAAAGUUAAGAAGUUCCUACAAGAGUUUUAUCAUGAUAAUGAGCUUGGGAAGAAGCAGUUCAAGUAUGGGACCCAGUUGGUUCGCCUGGCUCAUCGCGAACAAGUGGCGUUGUAUGUUGACUUGGAUGACGUGGCUGAGGAUGACCCUGAGUUGGUGGACUCAAUUUGUGAGAAUGCCAAGCGCUAUGCGAGGCUAUUUGCUGAUGUUGUACAAGAGCUGCUGCCUCAGUACAAGGAGAAAGAGGUGGUAAAUAAAGAUGUCCUGGAUGUUUACAUUGAGCACCGGCUGAUGAUGGAACAGCGGAGCCGGGACCCUGGGGCAACUCGAAACCCCCAGAAUCAGUAUCCUCCUGAGCUCAUGCGCAGAUUCGAGUUGUAUUUUCAAGGCCCAAGUAGUAGCAAGCCUCGUGUGAUCCGGGAAGUGCGAGCUGACUCUGUGGGGAAAUUGGUGACUGUGCGUGGGAUCGUCACUCGUGUCUCUGAAGUCAAGCCCAGGAUGGUGGUUGCUACAUACACUUGUGAUCAGUGUGGAGCAGAGACCUACCAGCCAAUCCAGUCUCCUACCUUCAUGCCUCUGAUCAUGUGCCCCAGCCAGGAGUGUCAGACUAACCGCUCAGGAGGGCGGCUGUACCUCCAGACACGUGGCUCCAAGUUUAUUAAGUUUCAGGAGAUGAAGAUGCAAGAACAUAGUGACCAAGUGCCUGUGGGAAACAUCCCUCGUAGCAUAACAGUGCUGGUAGAAGGCGAGAACACAAGGAUUGCUCAGCCUGGGGAUCAUGUCAGUGUCACUGGUGUCUUCCUGCCAGUCCUCCGCACAGGGUUCCGACAAAUGGCACAGGGAUUGCUGGCAGAAACUUUCCUGGAAGCCCACCGUAUUGUGAAGAUGAGCAAGAGUGAGGAUGAUGAAGCUGGGGCUGGAGAGCUGAGCAGGGAGGAACUGAGGCAGAUUGCAGAGGAGGAUUUCUAUGAAAAGCUGGCUGCUUCCAUUGCCCCGGAGAUCUACGGGCAUGAAGAUGUGAAGAAGGCCCUGCUGCUGCUGCUGGUGGGCGGAGUAGACCAGUCCCCUCGAGGCAUGAAGAUCAGGGGAAAUAUAAAUAUCUGCCUGAUGGGGGACCCUGGUGUGGCCAAGUCUCAGCUUCUAUCUUACAUUGAUCGCCUGGCCCCCCGAAGCCAAUACACAACAGGCCGUGGCUCCUCUGGAGUGGGGCUCACUGCAGCUGUGUUGAGAGACUCUGUGAGUGGAGAGCUGACCUUAGAGGGCGGGGCCCUGGUGUUGGCUGACCAGGGUGUAUGCUGCAUUGAUGAGUUUGACAAGAUGGCUGAGGCUGACCGCACAGCCAUUCAUGAGGUCAUGGAACAGCAGACCAUCUCCAUUGCCAAGGCAGGCAUUCUAACCACCCUCAAUGCCCGCUGCUCCAUACUGGCUGCUGCUAACCCUGCCUAUGGGCGCUACAACCCCCGCCGCAGUCUGGAGCAGAACAUCCAACUUCCUGCUGCGCUGCUCUCCAGAUUUGACCUCCUUUGGCUGAUUCAGGACCGGCCUGACCGAGACAAUGACCUCCGGUUGGCCCAGCACAUCACCUAUGUGCACCAGCAUAGCCGGCAGCCCCCUGCCCAGUUUGAACCUUUGGACAUGAAGCUUAUGAGACGGUACAUAGCCAUGUGCAGAGAGAGGCAGCCCACAGUGCCCGAAUCUCUGGCUGACUACAUCACAGCAGCAUAUGUGGAGAUGAGGCGAGAGGCCUGGGCCAGUAAGGAUGCCACCUAUACUUCCGCCCGGACCCUGCUGGCUAUUCUCCGACUUUCCACUGCACUGGCACGCCUGCGGAUGGUGGACACUGUAGAGAAGGAAGACGUGAAUGAAGCCAUAAGGCUAAUGGAGAUGUCAAAGGACUCCCUUCUGGGUGACAAGGGGCAAACAACUAGAACCCAGAGGCCAGCAGAUGUGAUAUUUGCCACUGUCCGUGAGUUGGUCUCAGGGGGCCAAAGCGUCCGCUUUUCUGAGGCUGAGCAGCGCUGCAUAUCACGUGGCUUCACGCCUGCCCAGUUCCAGGCGGCUCUGGAUGAGUAUGAGGAGUUAAAUGUCUGGCAGGUCAAUACUUCUAAGACACGGAUCACCUUUGUCUGAUAGCAAUCUGCUUGAGACCUGCCACCCACCCUGGACUGUGUGCCAUCUGCCCCUCAGAAAGGUGACAGUGUCCUGGAGGGGAAGACCCCAUUUCCCAUGCUGCACUUUUUAUUCCUGUUGCUAAUAAAGUGUUUUGGUGUUCUGUUAA